AUGGCGCGGCUUUUUGAAGUGCCACCAGAUAGUAUCGCCGCUAAGAAGCGAGAGCACAACUGGUGGAACCGCACCGUUGACCAGUUAGAAGACUGGAAGGACUCGGUCACGGAGACCAAGUGGUACCAGCGCGUGGAGCGGGUUGCGUCUUCGGGCUACACCUUCGUAAGACGAGCGUUCGGUUUAGGCGGCCGCGUGGCCUGGAUCAGUGCAACCAGCGCUUUGGUGCUUGUGGUUCCCCUGGUUUAUGAAAUUGAUCGGGAGCUGGAUGCAAACGCGGCAAGUUCUUCGGCCGCAGCCGCUGGGGGCAGCGGUGUUGGCAGCAGUAGCACCGCUGGCCGUCCCGCUGCGACUCGAUGA